UUUUUUUUCCUGAACAAGGCUAUUUCUUGUACCUCUCUUCACAUCUCUCUCCCUCUCUGCCUCUCUCUAAACUGAUAAAAAGGAAAAAAAACUUUGUUGUAACUUUGCCAAGAUAGAAAGAAAACAAGGGUUUACAGCUUACACAUCAAAGAAUGAGCAACAAAGAGGGUUCUUCUAGUGCAUCUAUGGCUAACAAGAUUGUAAGAUAUGAAGAGUGCUGCAAGAAUCAUGGCGCUCGAGCUGGCAAAAGCGCCAUCGAUGGGUGCAAGGAAUUCAUGGCUAUGCUCACGAAUCCACUUUAUUGUGAUGCUUGUGAAUGUCACAGAAACUUCCAUAAAAAAAAAGUUGUUGAAGAUGGGGAGGCUAGUGAUUCAGAGCAGGCUAUUUAUGAAAAUUGUUGCAAGAACCAUGCAAUACGUGUGGCAAAAUUUUCAUAUGAAGACGGGUGCUUGGAAUUCAUGCCAAGCGAAGGCGGCGACAAGGCUGAAGACUCCAGAGCUAAGCUUAUCUGUGCUGCUUGCGGCUGCCACAGGAACUUCCAUAAAAGAAAAGUGGGGGAGAAAGUUGUUCCUAGGCGGUCGCCACCAGUUUACUAUGGUGGCGGGUAUGACAGCGAUGACUAUUAAUUGAGACUAAAUUACCACACAAUAUUUUCUAUUCUCAAGUCUAUGCUUCUAUCUUAAUAAACCCUUAAUAAUUUGAUCUUGUAAUAACAUUAUUAUGUUUAUAGAUUUCUAUGUAGAAUAAAGCUUGCCUCAGACUGGAGGGUUCAGUUUGCAAAGAUGUGAGCCUAUCUCGGGCCUAUUCUGGUGCUACAAACAGUUCAACUUGUCGGAUCAAUUGAGGAUACUAUUCAUG